CUAUGGCGGAGGCGCCGGGCGCACCGGAGGAGUGCCCCGGGACCGGCAGCGCCCAGGCGGGAAGGGCGGCCGCCUGCCAGGGAUGCCCCAACCAGGGGCUGUGCGCGGCCGGCGCGGCCGGGCCGGACCCGGCGGAGGCGGCGGAGCUGCGGGCGCGGCUGCGGGCGGUGCGGCACACGGUGCUGGUGCUGUCCGGGAAGGGCGGAGUGGGCAAGAGCACCUUCAGCGCCCUCCUGGCGCACGGGCUGGCGGCGGACGAGACCAAGCAGGUUGCUCUGCUGGACAUAGAUCUCUGUGGGCCAUCGAUUCCUAAAAUUAUGGGUCUAGAAGGAGAACAGGUUCAUCAGAGUGGAUCUGGAUGGUCUCCAGUGUAUGUUGAAGAAAACUUAGGUGUCAUGUCAGUAGGAUUCUUGCUUAGUAGUCCUGAUGAUGCUGUCAUCUGGAGAGGACCAAAAAAGAAUGGGCUGAUCAAGCAGUUUCUGCGUGAUGUGGACUGGGGUGAAGUGGAUUACCUGAUCGUGGACACGCCCCCAGGAACAUCGGAUGAGCACCUGUCCAUCGUGCAGUACCUCAGUGCCUCCCGCAUCGACGGCGCUGUCAUCGUCACCACCCCCCAGGAAGUGUCACUUCAGGAUGUUCGGAAGGAGAUCAACUUCUGCCGCAAGGUGAAGCUGCCCAUCAUAGGUGUGGUGGAGAACAUGAGUGGCUUUGUGUGUCCCAAGUGUAAGAAUGAAUCUCAGAUCUUUCCCCCAACUACUGGUGGUGCAGAGAAGAUGUGCCAGAACUUGAGUGUUUCUCUCCUGGGUAAAGUGCCUCUGGAUCCACAGAUAGGAAAAAGUUGUGACAGCGGCCAGUCUUUCUUGGCUGAAGCACCCGAGUCCCCCGCUACAUUGUCUUACAGGAAGAUCAUUCAAAGAAUUCAGGAAUACUGUGAACAACACCAUUUGCAAGAAGAAAAGAUAAUGUAAUUCUCAACAUUCGUGUAGUUCUUCCCUCACUAGAAAGCUGUGAAAAUGAGUCUGCAUCUGGAUUAUCAAGUGCAUUCUGCCUCCAGUGUCAUGGUACCAAUAACCUGACUGUGAAGGUAGCAGUUGAAGAGGUGAGAAAACAACCACAUUUUACUUAGGAGGUUGGGGCAUGUGCAGCAGCCUUGGUUCUGCCUGCUGCACAAGGGUGAGCAGUAAUGCCCCUUCCCUCUCCCAGAAUAACAUCAUUUAAAUGUCUCCUUUCAUUGGAAAAGAUCUGUGUCUAGAGUGAAAGCUGGGGUAAUAUUAUAGUACAUGUGCACUGCUUUAUUUAUUUUUUUACAGGUAUCAAAACAAGAUUAAAUUUUUAGCUAUACAUAACGGUGUAGUUCUACAUAUCUUCACAUAAGUAGUGGGUGAACAUGGUUCGUGACUUCUGUUUUCUUUUAUUUGACCUUAAGCCUGAACAUUAAAAAUUAACAUUCAGUAUUUUUAAUAACAAAGAGGCCCCUUGUAUUUGUAGUUUCAAAGGUCUGAAAAAACAAUAUUGUGUACAAGAGGGAAAGGCAGUUUGGUUUUGUUUAUUGUAGUUCCAUAGUUAAACAAAUCAUUUACAGUUAAACAAAUUUAUUACAUGUAAUUUCUGGUUAAGAUAAUCCAACAGUUUGAAGUUGGUUGGCAACUUUUCUGAAAGCAGUAUGCUCCUUGUAAACCAUGAGCACUGUCUGUGCUCACACAAACAACUUUUUGGUGAAGCUUUUAAGUAACAAAGGCUUUAAACCUUCCAGGAUCUAAAGACUCAAACACAAAUGACUUUAUUUCAUGCAGGCAUAAUUCUAGAAGAGCUUUAUGUAAAUAUCUUCCCAUGAAGAACAACUUUCAUGAAUUACUUUUUUUACUGCUCAUCCUUUACUCUUCCUUAUUUGGUUACCUAGUGCCUGUCUUCCCAUGUUCUUCAGUGCCAUCUUCUGCAAUUCUCCUGCUCUGUCCUGUUGAGGGAACAGAGCACACAUGGCUAUAAGCAUAACCUGGGACACAGGGAUCUCUUGCCAAAGCAGGGAGCUGCCAGCUGGAAGCCUGAAGGUUGAAGAUGGCUCUUCCAGCUCUGCUUAAACAGAGGCAUUAGAAUUAUAGCAACUCCAAGGAUUUAACUUAAGAACAUUCUUCAGGAGCUUGGAAGCAGCUCACUUGUGGAGCUCAGCAGGCUUCCAAACAUGGAGCAAAGUAACCUGGGGUUAUGGCUCUUCCAUGUGACACUGCCAGAGAGGCUUGGUAGAGAAUCAGGAUUAUCCUGGGCUCACUGCAGGAACUGAGACCCAGGAAAAGCCAGCACCAGCCCUGAGAGGCAGGUUGGCUGUUCUACCCCAUGGGCUGAAGCUCAGUACUCACUCUUGGGAACGUCUGUGGUGCCAAACAAUCUUGAGGUUACUCUGCUGAUGUUUUUUUGUCCUCCUAACUUGCAGUGGAUGUAGCCAUAUAAAUUAGCAGUCUGGAGGGAGAUCCCAGCAAUCACGAGAGCCUGUGGACAAACAAGAGUUCAGCGGGAACAAACCCAUGGCUGUGCACUGACUGUGUAGGAUACACACGUGUGUGUGUGUACACACUAUCCAGAUAAGUGUGCUGUAACAGGGGGACAUUACUCCCAAUCAUAAGUGGCCUUCAAAGACAUGCAGUCAUGUCAAACACAAUAGUUCCUUUCUACAAAUAUUUAUUUUUAUCAAAACACCAAUACCAGUUGUGUCAUUCUGUAUCUUGAAAGACUUCAUUACCUUCCUAAAAGCACUUACUCAAAAAAGGACUAUUUAACAGAUUCCUGAAACAUUUCACUUUUUUAAAGCCCCAUUUAUGUCUAAAAGUUUUACUUCCAGAUAUAUGGCACACCCGCAGGCCUGUUCAGCUGACAAACAACUUAUUAUAAACAAAUAAGAUCUGUAAUUUAUGGAUUUACAAAGAGCAUCUAUAGAUUCCCUACCUAGCAUUGACAGGCAGUGAAAAUAAUCAGUUCCUUUUGUGGUACUUCAGGUUUAGCAGCAGGUGGAACCAAUCUGACUAAUGCAGUAACUUAUAAAAAUGUUUCUCUUAGCCUUCAGAACCAGUUUCCCAGAAGUGAUUUUAUUUUUGUUUGAGUAAUUUGCCUUUUACAAGCACCUGGGCAACCUGCCUUCUAUGCCAGUUAGAGUUCUAUCUCCAAGCAGCUUUUGGCUUAGCAAACAAUCUCUGCUUUUCAAAAAUAAAGGUGGAGCCAUGAACAAAGAAUGCUGGUUUAAUUUUAACUAUUGCUUGUUUA